UUUCGAUACCGGAGUGUUCACCACAGGUCCAUUUACUGGUAUCUGAGAAUUGUUGCCUCGAUAUCAGCAUCAUACCUUGACCAAUGGUGAUAGGCUAGACAAUCGAAAUAUCUGCGAGAAGGCUUGCCAGAAAAAAGCAAUGCAAUCUGACAGCCCAUGCGCCACCGCUGAGUUGGCAACAGCCAUGCAUAAAGGCCACCUACCCCUCUCAGCUGGCAGUCGACAAGGCCAACUUGAAAUAAUCACUUCCUCACGGUCCUUUGCUCCCAUUCCGCCUACCACACGUUCAAAAUGGCAAAACGCAAGAGACAUGGUACCAACCCAGAGUCCGCACAGCGGAAGCGACCCCGGAAUAGCAGCACCAAGAGCAAUGGGGACUCGCACGAAAAGCCUUCAAAACAGCUGGAAGAUGACACUCCAUGCUCCGGCACAUGCAACAAACGAUCGCCGUCGAUGUAUCCCAACGAAAUGUACACGGUAGCCUGGGUGUGCGCUCUAAGCAUCGAGCUGGCAGCGGCAAAGGGAAUGCUGGACGAGACACACGGCCAACCUCAGUCGCAGCCUAACGGCGACCCAAACACAUAUACCCUCGGUCGUAUCCACGAGUUCAACGUCGUGAUCGCGUGUCUCCCAGCAGAUGGAUACGGAACAUGCUCUGCUGCCAACUUGGUAGGGACGAUGUGGACAACGUUUCCGAACCUGAAAAUCGGCCUGUUCGUUGAAAUCGGCGCGGCCAUUCCUUGGUUCAGCGGGGAUUCGAUUCGAGAUAUCCGGCUGGGCGACGUUGUGGUUGGUACGCGUAUUGUUGACUACGAGAUGAGAAAGAGAUACGAUGGAGGUAUGGUGAAGAAUACAGGGCAUCCGGAAAAGCCAUCGAAGAUACUGCGUUCCGCUAUCCAGGCACUCAAGGCUGAUCAUCAGACAAAAUCGUCCAAGAUAACCCAGUAUAUCGACGGUAUGACCCAGAGGUAUGCAGAACGAGGUGCCUUUACAUACCCAUUGGGCAUCCCCGAUCGACUAUGUGAAGCGUGUUUGUCUGGUGGCAAAUGCGCCGGCGGAGGAAAGGCUACAAAACCACAGUCCCGUCCCGAUCGUCCUGACAAACAUUCGCGAAUCCAUUAUGGGGUCAUUGCGUCGGGGAAUACACUGUGCAGGGACCGCGACUUCAGGGAGGAGAUGCAGAAGAAGUUCGACGCCAUAUGCUUCGAUAUGGAGGCAGCUGGGGUCAUGAAUAACUUCCAGGGUCUUGUCGUCCGAGGAAUAUCCGACUAUGCGGAUUGCCACAAGAACGAUGACUGGCACUCCUACGCUGCAGCUUCUGCGGCAGGGUACGCUAAAUUGCUGUUGUCCUACGUUCCUCUGAAUGUGAAGCACGCAGGAAGUCUGGGGUACGGAACAACCAGGGCCCCUGAACAUGGGGUACAGGAGAUGAAAGUUCUUGACUGGAUCAGUAAGGAAACAUUUGAGUCUCGCCAUGUUGAUCACCUCAACCGUCUCCAGCCGGAUACUGGCGACUGGUUCCUCAGGUCCAGGCAAUUCAAGAGGUUCGUCGGAGGUAUCGUGACACGCCUUUUCUGCCCUGGGAUGCCUGGAGCAGGGAAAACGAUGAUCAGCACGCUCGCUAUCGACUUUCUGCGUAGAGAGUAUCAGCAAGACCCGAUGGUUGCAGUUUGCUUUCUGUACUUCGACUACCGAAUCAAAUAUGAUAACGUCACCGAGCUUCUUGCCAUUAUCCUACGACAGCUGGCGGCACAGAAGCUUCCACUGGCUGAACCCGUGCGGUUACUGUUCGAGAAGUACGGCAUCCGGGACAGCAAACCGCCGUUGAAGGAGCAUAUAUUGACGUUACAGGCGGUGUUGCUUCAGUGGAAGACAGUAUUUCUAGUGGUGGAUGCUAUAGAUGAAUGUCCGUCCUCCAACAGUACACGGCAGGCAUUUCUAGAGGAUCUCCACGCUAUCCAGGCCAAUUCAAAGCUCAGAAUAAUGAUUACCAGCCGCCCAAACCCUGAUAUAGUUGGGGUAAUGAAGUACGGCGGAGCAAGGUUUCUGGAAAUCAGAGCUAGAGAUGAGGAUGUAAAGGCAUACAUCAAGGGUCGGCUUCGGAAAUCAGACGGCCUGGCGGGACAAAAUUCGAAGCUUCAACGCAGAAUUAAACGGCAAAUCACAAAUGCCGCAGACGGAAUGUUCUUACUUGCCCAACUCUACAUUGAUCGUCUAAGCCACCUCAGAGUACCUAGAAUGAUUGAAGAUGCGCUUACAGAACUCCCGCAGGGAACCAACGUGUAUUCUGAUGCUUUUGACCAGGCAAUGCAUCGGAUCGAAAGCCAAGUCACAGAAAAUAAGGAAUUGGCGAAGAAAGCAUUGUCAUGGAUCACCAAUGCCACCCGCCCGCUGAGCAAGAAGGAGCUGCAGCAUGCUCUUACACUCAGGCCAACAGAUAUUGUCUUCCUCAAAUCCGGCAUGCCACAGAUGGACCAUAUCCUCAGCGUGUGCAUUGGCCUUGUCGUAUUGGACAAAGAAAGUGGCACUGUUAGGCUGGUCCAUUAUACUGCGCAGCAGUACUUUGAAGACAAGUCGGGUCAGUGGUUUGAGGACGCGAAAGUAACCAUUGCGAAGACUUGUCUACAAUAUCUAUCGCUGGACGAUUUCCGUGGCCAACCUGGCAUAGACGAGAUAAAAAGCCAUUACGAUCGGCGACGAUAUCACCUUUACAAUUACUCAGUAAAGAACUUGGCAUAUCAUCUUCGAGGCACCUUGCCACAGCUAGGUAGGGAACUGAUGCAGUUUCUGACCCACGACAAGUUGACAGAUACCUUCGCCAACGAACUUUUUUACUCUAACUCAGAUAGACUGUACACCUCGCCGUGUCACAUUGCUGCAGCUCUUGAUCUUGAUGGCACUAUCAGUGAGCUGCUCAAGGACGGGCACAACGCCAACGCCCCAGAUCGCAACUCUAGAUCUCUCAUCUACUGGGCCGUCGAGAAAGGUCACUUUGACGUCGUCAAAGCCCUGCUCGAUUCUGGUGCUAGUGCAAACUCCAAAGGGCCCUUGGGGGAAACAUUGCUGGCAAUUCCGGCCGAAGAUGGGCGUAUCGACCUGGUGCGAUUGUUACUCUCGCGGGGCGCCGAUCCAACGUUAUGCGAUUUCCACAACAGAACCCCAAUUCAUUAUGCUGUAUCAAGAGGGCACUAUGCGAUCACAAAAUUGCUGCUGCAGGAAAGCGUUGCUGCUGACCUUCCGCAGCAGGCGAGCCUUCUGGCCGGGGCAGCAGAGGUUAGGGGUGGCCGUUGUCUCGACCUUCUUAUCGAACAAGGAUGUAAUGUGAAUCAUGUUGACUCUGAUGGGAACACGCCACUGCGUUCUGCGGUUGAAAGCAAAUCUGUCACGGCCGUCAAGCGUCUACUCCAAAAGGGCGCAUCCGCCGAUCUUGUUGAUGAGGAAACACUGGAGUCUGCGUCUAAGGAGAUGGUAAAGCAGCUGAAGGCAGAGGUAUGA